AUGACGGAGUCCGCGUACAGGGUCGAUACGACGUCGCGCCUCGCCCAGUGGCGGAUCGACAACCUCGCCUCCUGCACUUACCGGAAAUCCGAUCCUUUCACGAUGGGCAUGUGGAAUUGGCAUUUGUCGGUGGAGAAAAAUCGGAUCUUGUUUAUUAAGCUGUACCCGGUGAUAUCAAAUCUGACAAGAGAAUAUCCUCCAAUUGCAUCAUUUGUGAUCAAAUUGGUGUCGGCUGUGGGCGAUCGGAGGUGUUUGGUACAUCCAGAGGUGACGGAUAAGCAGCUCAAGAGCAACGAUGAUUUUGUUUGGGCUAUUGAGGUUCCGCUAACCGGAAAGUUCAUCAUCGACAUCGAGUUCCUCGAUCUUAAAAUCGCGUCCCCAGAUGGCCCAGAACCGCGCUCGAUCUGGAGCUUGGGCCCCACACAGGUCAAGUCGGACCAGACGGCCCUAACAUGCCUCGGCCGGAUGCUCUCGGAAGGUAUCCACACGGACAUCGAAAUCAACGCCUCCGACGGGUCCGUGCGGGCCCACCGCGCAGUCCUCGCAGCUCGUUCCCCUGUGUUCCGCAGCAUGUUUUCCCACGAUCUCAGGGAGAAGGAAAAUUCCGCUGUGGAUCUCCCGGACAUGUCCAUCGAGGCCUGCCGGGCCCUGCUCCACUACAUGUACGGCAGUAUUGGGCCCGACGAGUUCUCGGCCCACCGGCUGGCCCUGCUCCGGGCAGCCGACAAGUACGACAUGUCAGACCUGAAAGACGCGUGCCACGAGAGCUUAUUGGAGGACAUCGACACCAAGAACGUGCUCGAGAGGCUGCAGAACGCGAGCCUGUACCAGCUGCCGAAGCUCAAGGAUGGAUGCAUGAGGUACCUGGUGAGGUUCAGGAAGAUAUUUGAGAUUCGGGACGAGUUUAAUUUGUUUGUCCAGUGUGCCGACAGGGAUUUGAUUGGUGAAGUGUUGAAUGAGAUUCUUGUCACUUGGAAAGGUUUCUGA